AGCACAUUAAGACAUCAUGUCGGCCUCUGCCUGUCAUCGAGCUAAAGUGGUAUCCCGUUUACCCGAGGUGCAUAAAAACCGGCGAGCCUUCGGGAGCCAUCAAAACCGAGUUGCGCACCAAGUGUUAGGGAUUGGGCUACGAUAAAACUAGCUGGGAUUUGAGUUUUCCGGGAGCGAGCCUUCUUCGCUAGGACUCGUCGAGUUCUCGGGGAGCGAGCCUUCUUCGCUGGGAUUCGAGUUAUCCGGGAGCGAGCCUGUUUCUUAUGGAUUUAGACGUAGCUUAGCCUCACCAAACAUUAUCGUUCUUUUGCUUCUGCAAGUAUCUUACUCAUUUAUUUUUCAUGGACGGCAGGAGGAAUUUUCAAUCACGAUGAUGCACUUUGGUUGCUGGGGCCACGUCCCCCAGCAGCAAGAUCCAUAUACGAUCUUCUGGGUGUUAUUUAACUCUAGUGUCCCUGCCGAUCCUUCCUCAAUUUUGUAUGAGUGGUUGUUUAGCUAGCCAACACUUUGCUAGAAUUCGCCUCCUAUAUCCAUCACGGUUAAUGUGCGCUUAGAUAGGUGGCUCUGCGAGCCCGCGCUAGCUUUUCUACAAGGCAGGCCACGUCCCUGUUCUUUGAAUUUGCUUGUAGCUUCGGGCCAUCUCCCCGAUUCAAGUCACGCGGCGGUGCACUUGUAGACAGUAGACAACAAAAAAAAACUUCAACUUUGCGCCUGAGGCCUUGAGGAACGACCGGACGAUCGUCAUGCAGGCCGUGGAGAAUCAUGCUGACUCGCUACGUUUUGCAUCUAAAGAGUGCCGGAACGACCGCGAAAUCGUUCUCAAAGCAGUUGGAAAAGACGGCGCAGCCCUCAAGUAUCUUACUCAUUUAUCUCUUCAUGGACGGUAGGAGGUAUCUUGAAUCACGAUUAUGCACUUUAGCUGCUGGGGGCCACGCCUCCCCGCAACAAGAUCGAUUCAUCUAUGUAUGAUCUUCUGGGUGUUAUAUAACUGUAGUGUCCCUACCGAUCCUCCACCAACUUCGCACGAGUUAGUUGUUUAGCUAGCCAACGCUUUGCUAGCAUUCGCCUCCUAUAUCCAUCGCGGUAAAUGUGCGCAUAGAUAUGUGGCUCCGCGAGCCCGCGCUAGUUCUUCUACAAGGCAGGCCGCGUCCCUGUUCUUCGCUUUGUUUGUAGGUUCCGGCCACGACCCCGAUUUAAGUCACGUGGUGGCGCACUUGUAGACAGUAGACAACAACAACAAAAAAACCGCAGGCAUGCAAGUGACGAGCUUCAAAAGGAUAAAGGAAUCGUCAUGAAAGCAGUGGAAAACUACCCUUUCGGGGCACUUUAUUGGGCAGAUCCAGAGCUGAAAAAAGACAGGGAGAUUUUAAGGGCAGUAAGUACUUCAUUCUCUCGGUUCCGUGUGACCCAUCGUCCUGAUUGGAUUCCCCCUAGAAGCCGAGAGGGAAUACCAACAGGGCUGCAAGGCACCUAGACCACACGGGUAAUAAGCGUAAGUGACUAUGUCUUCUAAUUCAUUCCGAGCUGCUAAGGAGCCGCGAGUUCAUACUGAAAAGCCUUCAGACGGAUGCCAAUUAUUGAUAUGCAAGAAUAGCGAAGGUGUUCGACGUAGCUAGUUGGGGUGUGUGCUAUGUAUGUUUGCAGACUAUCGGCGCCUCUGCCUUUCUCUUCCUCCUUCAGUAUUCUGCUUUCUAUUCGUAUUCUCGGUGGCUGCGCAUCCUACACGCAGCGUAUGUGAUUGGCCAUCACAUGCUGCGUUCGUAUUCUACUCGUAAUCGUACUCACUCUAUUCCUAUUCAGGUAUUCAGUACUCUACUCUCUUCUUUUCUUUUCCCACCCUCUCCUCCCUUGUCCUCAUGACACACUAGCCCGUUAGCGGGUCCAAUCGCGCGCCCUUCGGCGUCAGGCUUUUCUUAUUCUCACGACUCAUCUUCGAUUCAUGGUUCAAAGCGAUUGGAUGCCGCUAGUGGGCUAGUCUGUCAUGUUGGCAGAUCUAGCAAAAUCGUACUCACCUCAAUUUAGUCUGCGCCUUCAAGUAUGCACCUCAAAAAUGGGAUUUGUGGCGCGCAAGUGCCUGACGAACUACAAAACGAUAAGGAGUUUUUUCUGCAAGCGGUACAGCUAAACGCCUGCGCAAUCGCGCAGGCAAGUGAACAGCUGCGAGGAGAUAGGGACGUCGUCAUGAAGGCUGUAGAGAACUGGACCAGCGUGCUUCAUUACGCAAGUAAGCAGUUACGCAAUGACCGAGGCAUUGUCAUGAAGGCUGUUGCAAAGGACGGCAUGGACCUCCAAUACGCGCAUCCAGACUUGCAAAAGGACAAGGAAAUCGUCAUGACGGCCGUCCAGCAAAAUCGCCGUGCGGGGAUGCACGCAGCUGAGGAACUGCAGAAUGACAGGGACGUAAUCAGGAUGGUAAGAGGAGGCCUUCUGGAACUGAUACUGAAUAAGUGAAUUACAAAUAUAUGCGUUGCAUUCUUAUUUCCGAGCAUAACGACGGGAAAUAGGUAAGAUAAGUUGUGCACUUUUUAUUUCUAAGCAUAACGACGACGUCGAGUUCUUGUCGAGGCAGUGUACUUAGUCGGGUUUGAUUAUUAUUGUUCUCUUCAUCAUGAUCAUCUUACCCUCGCCCUGGUGUUAAUAUGGCAUAUUUGAUUAUAAUAUAAUGCAUCCUAUGAAGUCAUCACGAAGUCAAGGUAAUCAUGCACUGACCUUCGCAACAGACAUGAGACAACAUACAGUCGUGUGUUGUAGCGGUAUCAGGCAACAUACAGUCGUAUCCUGUUAGUGAAUUCCAACAUUCUUGACGAUGUGCUGGACAUUAUCGAGAUGUGAGAUCAUGAUCUAGUGAGGUCAUGUUAAAGGUGGGGUCAUGUUUAAUAAUCGUGACAGGAGGUUAAUAACCCUAACCGUUUUAUGAGCACGCAGUGCGCAAAAGUUGCGAUCAUGGACCAAUAUGCUGUAGGAGAAGCAUAAUUCAUCUAACACUACUCAAAUAAUGACCACUAGUUGUACGGAGCAUCUGAAACUGAAU